CUAUUACCGGAUCAACCGUGCUUUCAUUGCCGUUCACUGCAAUGGAAUCCAGUUUGUACGGUAGCGAUGCCGCCACGUUGUCAUCGGAAGAAACCAGUAUACGCGUUUCUUCGAUCCUCAGAUUUCGGAGCUCGGAAUAGCUGA